AUUUGUGACUCACAUAAUAUCUCGCUCGGAUCGAUCGGGUCAAAGGUUAUGUUGACUAAUUCUGAUCCAGCCAGCUGAAAGUGGACUUUCGAUUCGAGGACACCUGUACAGGGCAAUCAAGCUGGCGACCAGACGGAGCAUUAGCCUGAAUGGGUCCUCCCAUUCCCUAGCUUCAAUGGGGGCUCCAUGGGGAGAUAGCAUGGAAGAGAACCCGGCAGAGGGAGAGCAUUUCUUCUCUAUCAAUCACGCUGAGAGAACCUUCAAGAAGAUGCAGGGUUAUCUACACAGACGCCAGCUUACAGACGUCGUGCUCAUUGCAGGGGAUGUACGGAUACCUGCACAUAGACUGGUCUUGAGCUCGGUGUCGGACUACUUUGCAGCGAUGUUUACCAAUAACUUGCGCGAGUCACAAGAGACUGAGAUUCCACUGUGGAGCAUUGAUCCGCCAGCACUCAAAGCUUGUAUCCAGUAUAUCUACACAGGAGAAGUAGUGUUGAAAGAGAGCAAUGUUGAAAGGUUGCUUGCCACAGCCAGUAUCCUACAGUUAUCAGAAGUAGUUGAAGCUUGUUGUGGGUUUCUUGUCAAACAACUCCAUCCAUCUAACUGCUUAGGAAUCAGGUCCUUUGCUGAUAGACAGAGCUGUGUAGAUCUACUCAGGGCUGCUCAUAAUUACACCAUGGAACAUCUCGUUGAGGUGACACAGAAUCAGGAGUUUCUAAUGCUAGGAUCGGAGGAGGUAUGCAACCUCUUCUCCAGUGAUGAUCUCAAUGUUCCUAAGGAGGAGACUGUUUACUAUGCCAUGUUGGCUUGGGCUAACUAUGAUACAGGCUCUAGACAAUCAGAGAUCUCAAAGCUGCUAGAACACAUCAGACUCCCACUGCUCUCCCCACAGUUUCUUAGUGAUGCAGUAGACAACAAUCCAUUGUUUAAAGGAGAUGAUAAAUGUCAAAGGUUAAUCAUGGAUGCAAUGAAGUAUCAUCUUCUACCGGAGAGAAGACCUCUCAUGCAGAGUGCUAGGACCAAACCUAGGAAGUCUACCGUUGGAGCUCUCUAUGCUGUAGGUGGGAUGGAUAGUACCAAAGGUGCUACAAACAUUGAGAAGUAUGAGCUGAGGACCAACGUCUGGACCCAUGUAGGUCACAUGAGUGGGAGGAGGCUUCAGUUUGGAGUAGCUGUCAUCGAAGACAAACUUUACGUGGUUGGAGGUCGUGAUGGGCUGAAGACGCUAAAUACUGUUGAGUGCUAUUAUCCGGCAUCAAAGACGUGGAAUAUGCUGCCCUCUAUGGGUACACAUAGACAUGGUUUAGGUGUUGGAGUGGUAGAAGGUCCUAUGUAUGCAGUUGGAGGCCAUGAUGGUUGGAGCUACCUUGCUUCAGUAGAGAGAUAUGACCCUCACAGCAAACAGUGGAGUUAUGUUGCACCCAUGUCUACUCCUAGGAGUACUGUAGGAGUGGCAGUACUGGAUAGAAAACUUUAUGCAGUAGGAGGUCGUGAUGGUAGCUCCUGUCUACGAUCCAUGGAGGUGUAUGACCCUCACACUAACAGGUGGUCUCUAUGUGCCCCCAUGUCUAAACGCAGAGGGGGUCUGGGCGUGGCUGUUUGUAAUGGAUGUCUGUAUGCCAUAGGGGGACAUGAUGCCCCAGCUACUCAGCAGACUUCCAAACAGUUUGACUGUGUGGAGAGAUACGACCCCCGUUCAGAUACUUGGUGUACGGUAGCCCCUAUGGGCAUGUGUCGAGACGCAGUAGGGGUGGCUGUACUAGGAGAUCGUCUCUUUGCUGUGGGUGGAUACGAUGGACAGUCAUACCUCAGCGCUGUAGAAUGCUAUGAUCCACAGACGGGAGAAUGGACGACAGCUGCUCCCCUUACACCAGGUCGGGCUGGAGCAUGUGUGGUGCAAGUUCCUGUCAAGUAGCAAUCUUCUAAACAAUGUUAAUCUAAAAUGGUAGCUAUCAAGACGCAAGGUUUGAUUUCCAGCAAACUCUUAACAUAGAACAGUGAUUGUUUAACUUGGUGAUUGAAUCUGUUGAUUCUGUAUGACCCAUCUUCUUAUUACUUCAGAGAAAAGAUGUAGGAGUGACAGCAUACUUCCUUUCAAAGUUUGAUGGUGAGAAAAAUCUUUUGAUUUUACAACAGAUACAGGAUAAUUUUGACAAUUUUUAUCUGAUCUUUGAUUUUUGUCUACUGAACAUGUUUUUAACAACUCCUGCAGGGUCAAGUGCUCAAUUUCAACAGCUCUCUGCAGUGUAUUUCAUAUUCAUCUGUAAUAGAAUGUAAUUUUUUUUGUUGAGUUAUAUUUCUGUUCAAUAUCAGAGCUUUGUGUAUACUGCAUUUAGUAGUGAAUUACAGGAGCAUAUAUGUUUAGGCUUGUGUUCUGCUUGCUUGCAGUAGGAAGGUAUAUUGGACAUAAUGUAUGUGCCAAAAUGCAUGUGACAGUAUAUUUGUGGAGUAAUGUCUGUUAUAAUCAGUAUUUCUGUGUGGUCGGAGGAAAUAAGGUGAAGUGAAAGAUGUAGAGAGUCCUUAUCUUGUGACGAUGAUCUCAGAGGGAUGGUUAUGCUAUUGCAUAGGAGAGAACUUCUGUCCUAAAAAAAUGAGGAUGAAGAAGUUUCUGUCUCUUGUGUGAUAAAGAGCUGAUAGACAGAGGGUUUAUGUGAUUCUUGCUGAGAGGGACACUGGUGGAAAGUAACAAUGCUGUCUAUGAUUGUUAUGUUUUAAACUAUAAUAACUGACAGCUCAUUAACUCAUUCCAAGAUACAGAAGCUGCAGCUGAUACAUGACAAGUUUCUAUUUUCCUUUGAGUCGGACAAUAACCAGGUAAAGACAUACAUCAGGGAAAUGGAAUUCAGUAUUUUUUACCUUUGACAGUGGUAUCAUUUAAGAUACCAUACUUGAGUGCUGGUUGUUCAAGUUUAUUUUAGUUUGUAGAUAGAUGGACCAGAGUUUUUAUUGGAAUCAAAUCAGGAAUUAGUUCCAUGGAAGUUAGGGUUAAUAGGAUCAAACAGACAUUAGAGAACGAAAA